AUGAUUAUUGAAGACGAUUUCCGGCAGGGCUUCUACAAUCAUCUCAAAAAAGGCGACAAAGUGAGUUCCUUGGCGGUUCAAGCCGAAAUUGUCUGAAAAUCUGUAACAGUCCUUGAAUUUCAGAGUGUGGUUUUGCUUGUGGCAGUCGAUACGGAUGCUUUGUGCACGACACUCAUCUUGACAGUGAGUUUUGAAGCUGAGAGUCGGAAAGCGAGUGUCACCCGAAAAUUUCCGUCAAAAGUCUGUUGCUGUGAUGGCUAUAUUGCUGUGAGAAACAUUUAUAAAAUCUUUAUCACUGAGAAAUUGAUGGAAGCCAAAUGA